UUUUACUGUUAUCGCACAAUGAAUUCGUUUAAUGCCUGCUCGGCAGUUUAUAAACAGCGCAGCGAAGCAGCGGUUAGUUUUCGCGAAGAUUCUCCGAGGAGACGCGGCCUGCAGGCGCCGACAUUUGCGCAUUUCCCGUUGAUGACUAAACAUCCAUAGUUGGCUUGCAACAGAGUGAUACGGUCAAGACAUGGCGUUACCGGUGCCUGGCACGUGCCUCCUAAAAUUCUCCCUGGACGUUUACGCUAUGUUACAUUGCAUGAGAAAGAAUGACAAUAUUGUUUUCUCACCUUUAAGUGUGGGAAUGGCAAUUUCGAUGACUACGAUUGCCGCUAAAGGCAACACAAAGGACGAACUUUCUUUAGCCCUUUACUUGGAAGAAUGCAGCCACAAAAUAGCCGAGUACAUUGGCAAGUUUGUCACUGAGUUUUCAGGUCCUGAUUUGACUAUCCACGUGGUCAAUCGUGCCUACACCGCACGCCAGCUCAAGGUCCGCCGCGACUACCUGUCGCUUCUUGAACGCUCUUUCCGGGCCACCGUCAAGUCUGUGGACUUCACGAACAACGCCGAGGCAGUUCGCAAAGAAGCCAAUGCAUGGGUGUCGCAGCAAACGAAGUCCAAGAUCAAUGACUUGCUUGCUCCCGAUACGGUCACUUCUGAAACGUUGUUUAUUUUGCUGAGCGCCGUGUAUUUCAAGGCAAAAUGGAACUCUCCUUUCGAGUGGCGCGACAAUCGGCGAGAUAAAUUCUACGUCAAUGGCGUGAAAGUCGUGGAAGUGAACAUGAUGAAUCAAAUGGGAGAAUUCAUGUACGCCCACUCCGAGGAACUGGAUGCUCAGAUCCUAGAGAUGCCGUACAAAGGGAACAAAUUUUCUAUGAUUAUUCUUCUUCCAAACAACAGGGAUGGACUCUCGGGUCUGGAAAAAAACCUCACGGAUGUCAGCCUGAACUCGGCGCUCGCGAAUCUUGCCCUCACUCCAAGAGUAGAGGUUACCCUACCCAAAUUCAAGAUCGAGCGUAGCGCCAACAUGAAGAAAGUGUUUAAAGGUCUUGGAGUCAAAGAUCUCUUUGAUCAAAACCGGGCGAACUUAUCGGGAAUGUUCGAAACUGUCCCGGGACAAAAUCCUUUCGUCACCGAAUUUGUUCAUAAGGCGUUCAUUGAAGUGAAUGAAAAUGGCACGGAGGCGGCAGCUUCCACGGCGGUUGUUGUAGGUAACGGCUCGGCGGGACCUCAAAAACCUUCUGCUCGCUUCUUCGUCGAUCACCCAUUUAUGUUUCUGAUUAAAGGAUACCACGGGAACAUUGUGCUAUUCCUGGGAUCUCUGCGUCAGAUAUUUGGCACGUCUGCUGAGGGCUCCCAAGUAGCGAAACAGAAGCUCGCUACCCGCUUCCGGGGACCAGACAAAUCUUACACCCCCUACAUUGAAGGCGCCCUGGCCCUCUGCCAUCGCGCUCAGAGUGACAUGCGCCAGCAAGAUGAACUACGUGGUUAUUCCGCCUAUGAGAGAGACUAUGCUCCCAGAUUCGACGCCUACGUUCCUGGACCCUACAUAUCCUCGUCAGGUCACUCACCCUCACCUCCGCUGUCCCAACCUCCUGAUUUGACUAUCCACGUGGUCAACCGUGCCUACACCGCACGCGAGCUCAAGGUCCGCCGCGACUACCUGUCGCUUCUUGAACGCUCUUUCCGCGCCACCGUCAAGUCUGUGGACUUCAGGAACAACGCCGAGGCAGUUCGCAAAGAAGCCAAUGCAUGGGUGUCGCAGCAAACGAAGUCCAAGAUCAAUGACUUGCUUGCUCCCGAUACGGUCACUUCUGAAACGUUGUUUAUUUUGCUGAGCGCCGUGUAUUUCAAGGCAAAAUGGAACUCUCCUUUCGAGUGGCGCGACAAUCGGCGAGAUAAAUUCUACGUCAAUGGCGUGAAAGUCGUGGAAGUGAACAUGAUGAAUCAAAUGGGAGAAUUCAUGUACGCCCACUCCGAGGAACUGGAUGCUCAGAUCCUAGAGAUGCCGUACAAAGGGAACAAAUUUUCUAUGAUUAUUCUUCUUCCAAACAACAGGGAUGGACUCUCGGGUCUGGAAAAAAACCUCACGGAUGUCAGCCUGAACUCGGCGCUCGCGAAUCUUGCCCUCACUCCAAGAGUAGAGGUUACCCUACCCAAAUUCAAGAUCGAGCGUCGCGCCAACAUGAAGAAAGUGUUUAAAGGUCUUGGAAUCAAAGAUCUCUUUGAUCAAAACCGGGCGAACUUAUCGGGAAUGUUCGAAACUGUCCCGGGACAAAAUCCUUUCGUCACCGAAUUUGUUCAUAAGGCGUUCAUUGAAGUGAAUGAAAAUGGCACGGAGGCGGCAGCUUCCACGGCGGUUGUUGUAGGUAACGGCUCGGCGGGACCUCAAAAACCUUCUGCUCGCUUCUUCGUCGAUCACCCAUUUAUGUUUCUGAUUAAAGGAUACCACGGGAACAUUGUGCUAUUCCUGGGAUCUGUGCGAAAGUUGUGAAGUCUUCGGUCCUUUGUGAGUGUGUCAUAGUUUUGUGCUUUGCGCACUAGCAACCUUUCUAUAAAUAAAC